GCUUAGCUUUUUUUUUUUUUUUUUUUUUUUUUUCCCUCUCACCGCAGAAGAGCAAAAUUCAGAAAAUUUGGGUGAAAUCACUCUGUUGUCAAAACUUCACUAUGAUCUCACUAACAAGCUGGAUAUCAGUCCCAACAACAUUUCUUCUUCUCUUACAUUUUUGGAGAGCAAAGGUCUAUGCUUCUGAAAACUCAGAGGAUGAAAUAGAUUUCACAUAUCUUAUUAUAGGAGUUACUCUGGGAGCCUUUCUAGCAAUUGGUUUUAUAGCAGUCAUAAUUUGCAUGAUCAAAAAACAAAUGCUUGACAAUGUAUUUGGAGAGUCAGAUGGCAAAAUGGAUAGAAGGUCAAAUAUGGGAUCCAGUCAGAACAGAGAUGACAUCAAUGUACUAGGAAAACCAAGUACAAAUAAUCAAUAAUCCUUUUGCAAUUGACAGCUGCAUGGUCUGAGGCUCAAUAGAAGUCUCUUGUGGAUGAGCAGGAAUCUCACACCAGUAACAAUUCCUUUCUUUGCUCUUUAAUUGAAAGACUGAUUGAUUGACUGAUUACAUGAAGAGCUUAUAAUGCAUGCUAGCUUCCACCACCUGUACCAAAAUUCCUGUAGUCUCUAACAGCAUGCAUGCAUGAAGGAAAUGCAUGAGGAAAUAAAAAAGAUGAACUCUGCUCAUUAAUAGAUCUUGUUUAGUUGGUUAUAAAUACAUGAUUGAUUUUUAAAAUCAAUUAAAUACAGGGUAUUCAAAAAGCUAACAAUACAUUUCAGCAGCAGGAUUCAUAGUCACACUCAUAAUUCAAGUUAUGUAAAUGAUGGUUGAAGUAACUUAAAAAUUAUUAAUUUGAGGUUAAAGCCAACAAGGCUUCUCAAGUUUUUCAGGAAAAGCAUGUUUUGUGUUAAUGUGAAAACAUUUCAUUCAUUAAAGGUAAAUCUUUUUUAGCUUUAGGAUCAAUACCUUUUAUUUAACUUUAGGUGGUAAUGUUAAUUUCAGCCAUCUCAAAUGAAUUGUGGUCGGUUAUGAACUACUGUUUUCCAUGUUUUAUUUUUAGAACACUGAAAUGAAAACAGUGUUGUAUACCCAAGACAAAAAGUUUCUGGACACCUGAAAUGAAAUAUUAAUUUGCUACAAGCUAAUUUGUCAUUUCCAAAAUCCACUCAAUCCUGUUUUUUCAGUGUAAAGCAAUGCAAUAAGCUCAAUCAGAGUCUGUGAAUAAUUUCAGUCUCCUAUCCCUCCCUUCUUGUUCUAGUCUUGAAUAUUCUGUUGAAUUUGUAGUCACCAAAAAUGCUUUGCCUAGUUCCAGUUACAAGCUUCUUACAGUGCAAGUGACAAGAAGAAAAAUUAGUUUUGUCUCAGAAUGUUUUUUAAAGAAAUUAAAUAAUUAUAAAUGGUUUAAACCCAAAUUAUUUUGGAAAAACAUCCCAAUUUUUGCAGAAGCUGUGAGCCUGUUGUCUCAGUUAAGAAAAUAAUGCUCUGGUUUAUAUUCUGCUUGUUUUAAAGCAAGAAUACUUUAUUAUAACAGAUAUUGUCAUUGCAAAAUGCACAAAAAGCAGGCAGAUAUUUGUAUUUCAAACCAGGCUUUACUUUCAGCUUGUAAAGACAGGCAGCAGAUGUCAGCUAUGGGGGCUCUGCAAACACUUGGCCGGCAAUGACUCUGUGCUGAGCAUCCUCUCCUCUCAGGAAACCCAGCAGGAAUUAAAGACUUGGGAGACUCAGGUAGAUGGCACACAUGGCAUUAAGUAAUGUGGUGGGAUUUCACUGGCAUAGCUGUUACGCCGCAGCAUUACAGGAUGACUUCAAACAGGAUGUUACUUGAUUUUAUUGCAGCUUACAAAUAAUUACUAACCAGACCACAAAAUAAAUAAAGUGGAUCUUGCAAAACUUUUAUAUGAGGCCUAAGUCUGUAGACAUAUGGAUUUGUUAAACUCUCAUCUAACAUCCAUUCCUGAAGCCAGUCUCUGCUAGCUUUUAAGCCUUUUAAGCCAGUUUCUGCUCUCAGCCAUGCCAGUCUCUGAUCAGAAUAAAUGGAAUUCUUUCCAGUUUUUCAGUACUGUAAUACAGCAGAAGCUAUUCAACCUGGGGGGGGGGGGAAGUAAGAAAAAGUAAAAAAAAAAAAAAAAAAAAAAAAAAGAGAGAGAGAGAGAGAGAAAGAGGAAGAAAAAGAAAAGAGAAAGAAAAAGGAAGGCAAAUAUUAGACUCAAAUCCCAAAUCCAACCUGGAAAGUCUGUCUUAUUAACAAAUGUGACUUGAAAGAUUCCUGGAUACCAGUGUCUCCCUUCCAUUAAUCAACUUUCAGACUGAGAACAGCUACAAUUAGCCUCACAUUUUGAAGUUAGAGCUGAUGCCCUGAGUCAGAGGUUGAGUCACACUGUCAGAGCAGAAAUAUCAGAAUUAUGUUUUUAUGAAGAAUAAGCUACUGUGCCAAAUUCUAACUGUAACUGAAAGGAUUUGAAUAUAAUUUGGUUCUGACCUUAGCAAGCCAGGUAAUUUCCCAAAUGCGCAAAGGAAAUCUUGUUAUUUAUUUGGAUUGUAAUUUUUUUGCACAUUUUGAACAACAAAAUGUAAGGCUUAUUUCAUAGAAAAGUGAUAUAUUGGAAUAAUUUCCCUGUAUUCCCUAGGUGUCUGUUACCCAGUUCUGUAACACUUCAGUUCAUUAGCAGCAUUUGUGAACAGAUAAACUAAAGCAGUAAUGUGAUACUUGGAAGUAAUUGUGUAUGUGUAUAUAUGUAAGUGAAUAAACUAUCUUGUAAGGUA